CUCCUCUCCUUUUUAAGUUUGAAGCAUCAGAAGUUUGUGUUUGUAUGUCAAAGAGUAAUUUCCGUAGUGAGAGAGAGAUUGUAGGAAGAUGUCAGCAACAGAUGGAGGUAGAGGUGGUGGUGGGAGGGAGGAAGAGAAGAAACCCCUGGAUCAGCCUGCCCACAUUAACCUCAAAGUCAAGGGCCAGGAUGGUAACGAGGUGUUUUUUAGAAUUAAACAUACCACCCAACUGAAGAAGCUCAUGACUGCAUACUGUGAUCGGCAGUCAGUGGACAUGAACUCGAUCGCCUUCUUGUUCGAUGGCCGGAGACUCCGGCCUGAGCAGACUCCAGAGGAGCUUGAGAUGGAAGAUGGUGAUGAGAUUGAUGCAAUGCUGCACCAAACCGGAGGGUGAGCAUGAAAGUUGUUGAACCCCUUUUUUUUCUUAUAAUUUUUAUAUUUAAUAGAAAAUUAUGAAAUUUUAAGUUUCUGUAUGUUCAUGAUAAUUGUAAUGGAGUUCAGAUGAGAUGAAUAUUGAAAUAAAUGUUUUCCUGGGGAAAA